UUUCAUCUGAUUUUCGGAUGCUGCAUGGAGGCCACGAUGCUUUGAGGGAAAAAACAAAAAAGAGACGGCGACGAAAAAAGUAAUGACGGAGUGCGGGGUGUUUUGCCCCCAAAGUCCCUUGGCGCCGGCAGAAUACAUUGCUUGCCGAUUUCUGGCGACACAGACAGAUGAAGUGUGGUCGCAUCGCAUAGGAAAGCGAGCAGGUCUACUGGUCAGACCCGACCCGAGCCGAGCCCCAAAAACCACAUCCCUAUUUAAAAAAAACUCCGACAUCGCGGCUGCCGGCAGCUUUAUGGGUUGUACGAGUUUUAGCGCGUCGCAACCAGAACAAAACAAAAAAACAAAAACACCAGCCUUUCAAGCUGAGCCAUCGUCAACCCAUGUUCCCUGAAACGAGCCCUCGACACGAUGCCACGGCCCCGCAUUCCCUACACAAGGUUUACAAGGUGGAAAAAUAUCGUCCGUUUCGUGAAUUCCGACUCCUCUUCCCCGCAAAGUACCCCAGGCCCCUGUGGAGAUGCGGUCCUUGAUUUUUCUCUCCAUCUCGGCAGACGAACGAAUCGUGGAGAUGGAUGCCCAAUGCACCUGAAAAAAAUUCUCCAUCCCAUUCGCGAUCUUAUUUUUUUUUUUGCAGCUCUGUGGUGCCGGCCACGAGUGAUCUACAAAGCAGAAAGCCCGUUCCCUGUCCUUUGUGAGGGGAUAUCACACGAGCCCGGUAAAAUAUUCGUGUUGGUACCACGAUACUAGGACUAUUGGUAGGGGCAACAGGCUCGCAGCCAGCUUGGUUGUCUUUUGGUUUUGUGCCUGGCUUUAUUAGAAGUCUCUACGACCACUCUUGUCUUUUUUGUUGGAUUUCUGGACGUUGUACCAUAUCCCGAGCUCCUGUUUGCAUAUCAUGCACUGUUAGACGCAGUUUUACUGCUUGGUUUGUUGCUUGUAUGAUAGUCUGUACUCUACUUUUUUUGCCCCUGAACGGACCCAACACACAUAAGCACAGUUCAACAAACGAAAACAGGCGUCUCCCAGCAUGGAGGCUAAACCGGACAAGAUGAGCCACGAUGAAGCCACACCAUCUUCUGAGGCGGAACCGCAAUACACGGGCGGCUAUGUGCCCGACACCGAGGAGGAGAAGAAACUCGUUCACAAGAUCGACAUGUACAUCCUGCCCUGCGUCUGGAUAAUGUACCUUUUGUCUUAUAUGGACCGGACCAAUAUCGGCAACGCCCUCAUCGCCGGCAUGGACAAGGACCUAGACCUAGACUCGUCCCGCUACAGCGUUGCCCUGGUGGUCUUCUUUGUCACCUACGUCGUCUUCGAGGUCCCCUCCAACAUGGUCCUCAGCCGCACCCGCCCGUCCCUCUACCUCCCGGGGAUCAUGAUCGUGUGGGGCGCCAUCACUUGCGGCAUGGCGUUUACGCCCACCUACGAGGCCCUCAUCGCCUUCCGCGUGUUGAUGGGCGUGUUCGAAGCAGGCUUCGCCCCGGGGAUCCUGUUGCUGCUGUCGUCGUGGUACAAGAAGGAGGAGCAGAGCAAGAGGUUUGCCGUCUACAUCAGCGCCGCCAUCCUGUCUGGCGCCUUUGGGGGGCUGUUGGCCGGCAGCAUCACCAGCGGGCUGGAUGGUGCCCACGGGGUCCGCGGCUGGAGGUGGUUGUUCCUGGUCGAGGGCUCUGCCACCAUCGGCUUUGCCGUCAUCGCCCUGUGGAUUCUCCCAGACUUUCCCGCCACCACGUCGGUUAGGAAGUUUAGCGAGGCCGAAAAGGCCCUCGCCAUGCUGAGGCUGCAGAACGAUAACCAGCAGAUUCGCAAUGACGACGCGCCGAGGAUGGGCCAUCUCAAGGCGCUGAAGCAGAGCGUCACGUCGAAGAGGACCUGGCUGUUUGUUGUGGGAUACAUGGCCAUCGUCGGCUCCUCGACGCUCUCCUACUUCUACCCGACCCUCAACACCGGCCUCGGCUACGACGCCAACACGUCGCAGUACAUGACCAUCCCCAUCUUCGCCGUGGCGUUUGUGGCCACCGCCACCACGGGCUUCUUCGCGGACCGCAACACAAAGUGGCGCGGCCUGAUCCUGGGCGGCUGGAUGGGCGUGGCCAUGCUCUGCGCCGUCGUGGUCUGCGUCGUCUACGACUUCAAGGCCCGCUACGCCAUGCUCGUCGUCAUGGCCUCGGGCCUCUGGGCGUCCAACGGCCUCGCCCUGAGCUACGCCUCCGUCAGCUUCGUCAGCAUGCCCGACGAGGUCCGGGGCAUCAGCCUGGCCCUCGUCAACGCCAUGGGCAACCUCGCGCAGAUCUACGGUGCCUAUCUGUUCCCCAGCAACGACAAGCCAAAGUACAUUAUGGGGUUUUCCGUCAUCAGCGUCAUGUGUUUUACGGGCGUGGUUGCAUAUGUUUCGUUGUUUUUCUUGAUGAGGAGGUAUCCCAUGGGUGUGGGUAACAAGGCUUGAUGUAUGUUGUUUUUGUUUUGGUUCUUGCUUGGGCGCAUGGUGUUGUUUGGGUGUAGAUGUGCAUGGCUUGAUUGGACUUUGGAUGUGCUUGCAUUUUCUG